GUUGAACUAGCCCUUCAAAAUGAGAAACAAUCACUUCGAUACACCAAAUGUACAGUACGGUCACGUGAUGAAUAACAAGCUUAGUUGACAAUCGCAUAGGAAGAAACGCGAGACCACACGAGAAUUUUAUCCUGCAGCAACAAACAUAAAUCUAAACAAUCUCGCCCAUUUAAAUGGUAAGGAUCCACUCCACGAUUCUGUUUUAGAUUGACAGGAUUGUAUAGCUUCGUACAAUAACUGUGCAUGUAAUGUAUCUCAGAUUGCAUGGGACAAUAUUCUAGAUUUAAUUUCGACAGCACUUGACUCGUUGGGGCUAAAACGAGUGCGAAUUAACAUGAUGCUGCUGUCGUGAACUGUGAUUGUCACGUAGGCUAGCCAAGGAGAAUUUAAAGCAAAACGAGUCGAUAAUAUCGUGCAUGGACAAUAGAAUGUCUCUCAUUUUUCACAUUAUGUUUUUGGGAUAGUAUACGUCCGGAUCGUCAUUUUAUGCAGGCAAUGUGGCUAAACGGAGUAUCCCAGGUGUAACAGGUUGAGAUUGGGCGCCAUGGAUGUGUCCAGUCACAGCCUCUACCUCCUGCAGCAGCUGAAUGUUCAGAGGGAGUUUGGCUUCUUGUGUGACUGCACUGUUGCCAUUGGCAACGUGUACUUCAAAGCCCACCGGGCAGUUCUAGCGGCCUUCUCCAACUACUUCAAGAUGAUCUUCAUCCAUCAGUCCAGUGAGUGCAUAAAAAUUCAACCAACGGACAUCCAGCCUGAUGUGUUCAGUUACCUGCUCCAUAUAAUGUACACUGGCAUGGGGCCAAAGCAGCCAGUGGAUAAGAGCCGUCUUCAAGAAGGGAUAAAGUUUCUUCAUGCCUACCAGCUGUGCCGUAAACCAGACGAGGCAGGUCCAGACCCAGCCUCUGACCUCCGCAUGUCCAACCUUUACGGCAUCCAGAUCUCCUCCCAGCUCCCAAAUAAGGAUGGCACAGGGCCGAAAUCGGGUGGGCAGCGGGACCCUGAGGGAUCACGCUCCACUAGUCGGGCAGAGUGGGCUGAGCGCUCCCAUGCCCGACCCUCCUCCCAGGCGGUUGGCCUGGAGGGCAUCCCCUCUGACCACCAGCUGCCCGGCAUGCGGCCCCUAUCUUCCCUGGCUUCCGGGGAUGACUCGGACAUCUCCACCCGGAUCAAAGAGGAGCGCCUGGACGACGAGGAGCAGGAGGAAGUGGACAAGCCUUCGCUGCCCCCUCCGGCUCCUCGAUCCUCACUCUCCCCGGCCCAGGGGAACCCUUGCCAGCCAGGCCUGGCUCUCCUGUGUCCUCACUGUGGUGAGCGCUGCCUGUCUCCUGAGGGUCUGAAGGAGCACCUGAUCAGCCACGCGGCCUGCUCCCUUGAGCCGCUGAUGGAGGGGACUCCCUCAGAGGACGCGGACUUGGGUGGGCCGGGAGGGGCAGAGGAGCACCGGGCCUCACGGGAGCGCCUGGACGCCGGCUGCCUGGAGGAGGCCUUAAGACAGAGCCAGGCGCUGGCCGACGAGAUCGCGGCCGAGCUGAGGCGAGGCGGGGGCGCGGGGGGCGUCGGGAUCGGGGGGUUCACCGGCGCCAGCCCCCCCAUGGUCGGCCUGUUCACGCGCAAGCGGAAGAUCGCGUGCGCUGUGUGCAACCAGCGGUUCGCGCACAAGAGCCAGCUGCAGGAGCACAUGUUCUCGCACGUGGGCAAGACGGCACGCCACCACCACCCGCACCACCCGCACCAGCACCAGCGCUACAGCCGCUUCUGCAACCAGCUGCUGCAGGUGGCGUGCGAGGGCACGGGUGAUAGUGCUCAAGGGGCCGGGCCAGGACCAGGGGAGGGGUCAGCAGAGGAAGGGGGGGCCAGGGAUGGCCAGGACAACGGCAGCUCCUGCUACUCGCUAGACUCAGAGGUGUCGCGGGAGAGUGUGGAUGCCGUCGCUGUUGAAUAGCAAAAAAAAAAAAAAUACAUUUAUGAAUGUAAAGUAAGGAACAGAGACAAGAUAAACAGCAUACACACUCUCUUUCCACAAAGACAGGAUCUGUAUGUGGAAAAUGAAUGGCGCUUUUUCUCACUCUUUUCCUGUCCGUCUCCAGUAGCCUGAAUAUCUUUUCUUGUAUGAGUAUCAUCAUGGUGGCUAUGAUGUAGGAGGUCUCCAUGUUGGAAUAUUGGUGCUUACAGUAUUUGUGUUUCAGCAUUGUCUAAGUUGUGCUGUUUUGUUUGAUGUAUUCCUAAAAAUAGCAUAUAAUGCUAUCCCAAAACAUUUAUAUACUUUGGAUUACGCAAAGUUUUUUUUUGUUCAAUAUGAAUGUUGUAUGAAAAUAUUGAAGUCCAAGACUAAUCUUUGAAUUUUAUUUGCGUCACUUUGGAAGGAAUACUUGAUAAUGAGUAUACAAAUGAAACAAGUUUGCUGUGCCUUUGAGGGAUUUAUCUAAAGGCGCCUUCAUAUCUAUUUUGUUCCAAAUCAGAGUUGCUGCUUUCACAUAUACCCAAUCGAGCCGAUCUUUGAGGGAAACGCUCCACGUUCCCAUUGAAAUAGCCAGGUGUGAAAGCGCUCUAAGAACUCUCACUACCCCAGCAAAUGCACUUGCUUCUCAAGCUCCACCAAAUCCUAUCUAAGAUCCUAUCUAAUACAUGUGAUAUUCUAAAUUCCAACAACAAAGCUCUUGUUGGAGAACAGUCAUUCAAAGCAUGUUUUUUCUUUUUUCAAAAACAAUAUAUAUAUAUAUGUAUAUAUAUAUAUAUAUAUUUGUAAAUCAUCAUAAUGCAGUCUUUUGACCGGAUAGAUAUGUUGCUUGUUCAUCUGAGAUAACUGCUGUUUGCAAGAAACGAGCCUAAAGCCACAAGCGUCAGGCACCAGACGUGGACUGACUAACCCCCAGGGCCAUUACUGCACUUUUUGGCGAGACACACUCUAACCUGGCACAAAAUGAAACCUGAGUUUUCUGCAGGGCAGUUCUACUGGACGUUAGUCCCAAUGCCAAAAUUAAAAAUCAAAUUGAAUUUGUUUUGAACUCGUUAACUCAGAAGAUCUAUAAUAUACUGUAUAUUUGUGCCAGACAGAUCAGCCUUGAAAUUAUGGCCUAAUUUGAUAGCUGGUGAAAUUUCAUUUGUCAUGCCUCUGAAUGCUUCAAGAAGAUGGCAGAUGAGUUAGUUAUAUUUGACAGUCAGUAAUGUCUAUACUGGAGCCAUAUUGACUGUAUGAUGCAGUAAUUUUGAAGAGCAUGCUUAAUUUGGAUAAUGAAUUCUACACACCCCUCCCUUUUCAAAGCACAGCAUGUUUGAUUCGUAUGACACUACUGUAUCUCUAUAUCAUAUCAAGGACAACUUGCUUUGAUGGCGCAAAGCAUAUUUGGUUCCUGAACUGAAUAUACAUAGUUCCGUUUCUUAAAUAGUCCAUUGUACUGGAUAGUCCAUGCUUUUUGAAUGUGCUGGUUAUUGCAGUUUUGUCAGUUCCAUGUUUAGCGUGCUGUGAUUGGUUUGUAAAACCUGUGUAACAGUUACAGAUGUGCUCUUCAUCUGUGUAUUUUGUGACCAGUAUGGUGUGUAUGUAUUAAGUUCACUUUGCCAUUCAGUGUAAAGUGUAUAUCAUUACGUGGUACGCGUUUUCAAAAUAUUUUUGGUAAUAAACUUGUUUUUCCAAAA